CGGGUUUCGCGGCUGCGCCGGUUCGCGGGCUCCCUAAGCCGGACAGUACCGACAGCCGCCGACCCCGGGACAGGAUGGCUGCUUCUCUUCUAAAUAGGUUAAUACUCCAAGCUGUGAAGACUGAAAAUAAUUGCAUUAGAAGGUGUUUUAGUAAACACAUCAUCAUUAAAAAAGAAGCCCCAGCACAGUUGUUUCUAAUUGCCUCUGGCCCAAGACUGUCCUACCUAAUCCAUACAAAAGGUUUUAGUACUGAAGACACACAGGAUGAGAAGAAAAACCAGAAAAAGAGUAGCACCACUUUUUCUAACACUGGAAGGAAAAUUAGCGAGCGAAUUAUUCAUGUCUUUGAUGAAAAUGGCAAUGACUUGGGACUCAUGCACCGAGCAAAUGUGAUCAGACUCAUGGAUGAGCGAGACUUAAGACUGGUGCAGAGGAAUUCCAGCACAGACCCCCCAGAAUACCAGCUCAUGACAGGAGUGCAGAUCCACCAGGAACGGCUCAGGCUGAGAGAGAAGGAAAACAGACAGAAAACUGGACCAACUGUGACAAAGGAAUUAACUUUCUCUUCAAAUAUUGCACAACAUGAUUUGAACACAAAGAGUAAACAGAUUCAGCAGUGGAUUGAGAAAAAAUACAAAGUUCAAGUUACCAUAAAGAAGAGCAAAAAUGCAGAUGUGCCAGAAAAUAAAAUGGAGGAGAUAUUUAACCAAAUACUCCAGACUAUGCCUGGUCUAGCUGCCUUCUUAACCAAACCACAAGCUGUUAAAGGAGGAAGAGCCUUCACAUGUGUUUUCCGUCAUCUGAGCAAAAAGGAAGAGAAGGCAUAUGAAGAUGGCCAAAAAAGCUAUAAUCUGGACGACGAAAAUGGGAAUGACAGGGAAUUGAGUGUUUAGCAUCAGUAUUUUAAUU